CGGAUUGUGGGAUAUUUGGGACCUUUACUUUGACGGGUUGCUAUCUAACGUUUGAAGCAUUUAUUUUGAGGGUUACUAUCUGAGGUCGAGACUCUUAUUUUGAAGGGCUCCCAUCUGACGUUUGAAGCUUUUAUUUUGACUGGCUGCCAUGUAACGGUUGCGACUUUUAUUUUGACGGGGUGUUUGCGGAUAUCGGGCCCGACAGCGCAGAGCAGAUUCGGUCCAUCGCGAAUCUUCGCAAAUAAACUCCAGAUCGAUAUUAAAGCAGUAAUGAUCGUGCAGCAGCGUGUUAGAGCACUUUAAACACAUCUGCAGUGUCACGGGCAUCCGGUCGGGUCAUGGCGUCGGGUUCAGAGGCCGUCCACUACAUCCACCUGCAUAACUCCAGUCAGUCCGUGCUGGAGGCCCUGAGGUCCCAGCGGCGCAAGGGCCUGUUCUGUGACGUGACGGUGCGCAUCCACGACGCGUCUCUGCGGGCGCACGCCUGCGUUCUGGCGGCCGGCAGCCCCUUCUUCCAGGACAAGCUGCUGCUGGGCCACUCGGAGAUCUCGGUGCCGCCGCUGGUGCCAGCCGAGACGGUCAAGCAGCUGGUGGACUUCAUGUACAGCGGCUCGCUGGUGGUGCUGCACUCGCAGGCGCUCUGCAUCCUGACCGCCGCCUCCAUACUGCAGAUCAAGACGGUGAUCGACGAGUGCACCCAGAUCAUCUCUCAGCGGCGCGCCGCCGCCGGCGCCACCCUGCCCAAGCAGGAGGAGAAGGGCCGCGAAAGCGCAGCAUCGCUGCAGGGAUUCGCCUACGACUGCACCUCCGACAUGACAGCUGCUCUGGGGGGCGGUGCUCCAGGGGACGGGGGCGGAGUUGGCUCGCUCAUGCCCCUCGCGAGGUGGGGGGCGGGGCCAUGGGACGGGUUGGGUGUGGCUGGACCCAUGUGCAGAGGGGAGGGACUGGGCGUGUCCGGGGGCGGGGCCAUGUUGAAGCCCACCAGCUGCUCGCAGGAGAUGGGCUACAUGCUGAACGCGGAGCGCGGCGGCAACGCGGCCAACGAGAACAUCGCUGCGAAUGAGCGCGACGGAGGGGCAGAGUACGGCGUCGGGGAGGAGCUGGUGGGCGGGGUGGAGCGCUUCAGCGAAGACGAGGAGAGAGACUUGGACCGAGACGCCGACAGAGACCGUCAGACGGCACACACACGCAAACAGAGACAGCCGCUGAGACUGCAGGUGCUGGGUGGAGAGGAGGUGGUGGUGAAGAACGAGGGUGUUCAGGAUGGAGAUGGUCUGUUUGAGAUGGACGAGAGAGGAAACUCAGCCCAUCAACCUGCCUACGCACAGGGCGGCUUCUACGAGGACUCGGCCGUGUUCCCCGGUGGUUUCUGGUCUCAGGCGGAUCCCCAGGCAGCUCUGGGCUCGAACACUCGUGGUCGGGUCAGCAAACCCCCGUCUCCGCCGCCAGCCUCCCAGAACCUCAGCAGCCAGAUGCUGUUCCAGUUUCCUGCCAGCGAAUCACAGCAGCCGUCCUUCUUCGUGGGCGGACCCAUGGUGAUUGACAGCCUGGCCGAGUCAUGCCAGCAGGCCCCACCCUGCCCCCCUGACCCCCCAGCCCCGCCUCCCUCCACCCCAGCGUGCCUGGCAGGACCCAGCUUUGCCCCGCAGGGCUCCGAGACGUCCUUCGACUGCAGCCACUGUGGGAAGUCACUGCGCUCCCUCAAGAACUACAGCAAACACAUGUUCAUCCACUCCGGUCAGAAGCCGCACCAGUGCAGCAUCUGCUGGCGCUCCUUCUCCCUGCGUGACUAUCUGCUGAAGCACAUGGUGGUGCACACCGGUGUACGGGCUUUCCAGUGCUCCGUCUGCAGCAAGCGCUUCACGCAGAAGAGCUCUCUGAACGUUCACAUGCGCACACACCGCGUGGAGCGCACCUUCACCUGCGCCGUCUGCCACCGCGCCUUCACCCACCGCACGCUGCUCGAGAGACACGCCCUGCAGCACCACUCGCCCGCCAAGCCGCCCACCAAUCACCUGCAGCAGGGCGGGGCCAUGGGCGGGGCCAGUGGACCCGCCUCCUAGAGAAGGGGACGACCGGCGGGAGAGAGGGGAGGAACAAUCAGACCGAAUCCCAGGAGCUUUAACAUAAACACACACACACUAUUACAGACACGCACACACUCUCACAUUCUUUCUCUCACUCACA